AGUCGUCGUCCCCUCGUGCGCUGUGCGCAGUGCACGUCGCACUCUCGCUUUAAAAACCCGGAGCCGGAGGCUCAACGCUCGAGCGAGGCCCAGGCAACAGAGAAACCCACGAAACAGAGGCGCGCGCAAGCAAAGCGGCGACGGCCGACGGCUACGCCGAGUGCGUAGUACGCCGCAAGUCCCAAGUCGUCCCAACCUUAACCCAUCCUAUCCUAUCCAGAAUCAGGGCUGGAACGCGGGGUUCUAGGAGGCGUAGGUGCUGCCGUUUUGGUGCCUCUUCGCGGAGCUGCUGCUGCUGCUGGUUCUUCUUCUCCCCUGUUCGUCGUUGGUCGAUUGGAUCGGGCAGCGGAGUGAUGGACGUGAAUUUCGGGCCGCAGGAGCGGAUUCUGUGGCCGGCGUCGAUUCUUGCCGGCAUCGUCAUUUGCGGCGCUGUAUAUGAGAUGACUCGAAAGGUCAGUUCUCGAUGUUUCAAAUGUUACAAUAUGUUAAAUAACACACAAAAGGUUGAGUGGAACAAUAGGGGUUUCUCUACACUCCAUGCAUUGGUAGCUGCUGCCGUGUCUUUCUACUUGGUCAUGAUCUCUGACCUCUUUAAUGAAGAUGCGCACAAUAGCAUAAUAAUUGAUAGAAAAUCAUGGUUAUCUGAUUCCAUGUUUGGGGUUUCGAUUGGUUACUUUUUGACAGACUUGACGAUGAUCCUGUUGUAUUUUCCUUCUUUAGGUGGAAAGGAGUAUCUCUUGCAUCAUGGACUUUCUAUGUAUGCAAUUGGUCUUGCUUUGUUGAGUGGCAAAGCACACAUGUACAUACUCAUGGUCCUCUUCACCGAAGUCACGACUCCCUUUGUGAACCUCAGAUGGUAUUUGGACGUUGCUGGUCAGAAGACUUGUAAUCUUUACUUAUACAAUGGCGUGGCUCUAUUUGUUGGAUGGCUGAUUGCUCGGAUAAUCUUAUUCAUCUAUAUGUUCACCCAUAUGUAUUUUCAUUUUGAUCAGGCGAGGUCCAUCUUCACCUUAGGAUUCUACAGCUUGGUGGGAGUGCCAUCUGCGGUUGCAGUGAUGAACGUGUUUUGGUUCUGGAAGAUACUCAAGGGGAUGGUGAAAACCCUUUCUAAGAGGAAGCGCAGUGAAAAUGGGAAAACAGAGUAGAAGGAAGGAUACUUCUAGUAACUUUACACGUAUGUGAGAGAGAUAUCCUGUGUCUAGAUCUACGGUUUAAUUGGUCUAUGUACUUGUGGCGGUACCUGUUCACUAGCAUUAAUUUCUCACACAAAUUGUAAUUAUUUUGCGCUAGGUGAUUAACAUGCCUUCAAAGAUUCAAAGCUAGCAUCCUGCAACUGUAUUGUUGCAAUUGCAGCAUUACCUGGUGCACUGUCAGUGCCCACUUGGGAGCUGAUUACACGCACAAGUUUUGAGAUA